UGAUCAGAAAUCAUCGUUUCUGACGUUCCUGUACUCGGAGUUGAUCACCGCCCUUGUGUUUGAAAACACAUUUCCCAAUGUCCUCUGGGUGGGACGCGCGAAUUUUCUGUGAUCCUAACCCUAACCCUAACCUGCUGAGAUUUGGACCGGCAAAGACUCAACUUCAAAGUGGCACCACCAUCUUCAACCGGCAGAGAACCUGCCCCAUCUUGACCACUCUUCAGCGGACUCACGUUCACGACCUCCCCGGGCGAAUCUAGUGCAGCUUUACCGACGUCGACUCCCUUCACCAUGUCAAUCAGGGAGUCCAUCGGCACCCUGUUUUACGUCAUUUUACUGCUGAUCAAUGCGGUCGCAAUCUUGCACGAGGAGCGGUUUCUUGCUAGAAUCGGUUUAGCCCACUCCUCAUCACAAGCACAGUUCGGAGACCAAACGCAAACAGUCAAGUAUAAGAUCAUAAAUCUCAUUUCUGCUAUCAGGACUUUAUUGCGAUUCCCUCUGGUCGCGAUAAACAUCGUCAUAAUUGUCUACGAGCUCAUCUUCGGCUCCAUAAGCUAAUCAGGAGUGCAUCAGCAAAUCACCCAGCAGCGCUCGAAUUGCUCGAAUAUUGUGUAUAUACAGAG